GCCACACCGGCGGCUGUCGGGUUCAGUCUUACGCUGAACUACCGUGGCCUUCACAGUCGCAGGGCAGUUAUAGCUAGCCAGGUACAGAGCAGUGCAGAGCCAGAAUGCCGUGCUGUGAAAUCCACCCCCGCGUAAUGACGCCAGAGGAGGAGGCGAGGGAGCUGGAGGAGUUCCCUGUGGACUGGCUGCCGCCAGGGGAACUGCAGCGAUGUAGUGAGGUAGCUGACUUCUACGACGGCGCCUCCAUCCUCCUCACAGGCGCCACCGGAUUCAUUGGCACUCUCAUACUCGAGAAGCUGCUGCGCUCCUGCCCCGGCGUCUCCACGGUCUACGUGCUCGUCAGGGACAAGAAGGGCGUGCCGCUGCGGGAGCGACUACGUUCUCAUCUGGAGAAACCGAUCUUCAGCAAUGCUCGCCAGGCAUGCCCUGACUACCUACGUAAGGUGGUACCCAUAGCGGGAGACUGCACUCAGCCGGGACUGGGGAUCAGCCCUGCAGAUGCUACUAUGCUCACCAGCAAGGUGUCUGUCGUGUUCCACGUGGCUGCCACUGUGCGGUUCGAUGCGGACCUCCGGACCGCCACCCUCACUAACGUGGCAUCCACCUGCGAGGUCAUCGCACUUGUCAAGCGCAUGACCAACCUCAAGGCUUUUGUCUACAUGUCAACGGCAUAUUCGAAUGCCCCAAGGGAUGAAAUUGAUGAGGAGUUCUAUCCCCCAGCACUGAAUGCUGAUGAGCUACUGAAGCUGCUCAACAUCAUGGGCGACGAGCAACUGGCGCAGUUACUGCCUCUGAUAUUGGGUGACUGGCCCAACACUUAUACCUUCACAAAAGCAGUCGCCGAGGAUGUAAUAUGCACUCACGCUGCUGGACUACCCGCCUCAGUUAUCAGGCCUUCCAUUGUGAUGGCUACGAACAAGGAGCCAGUGACAUUCUGGUUGGGGAACAUGUACGGACCCAGCGCGAUUGUGGCCGGGGGUGCACUGGGAAUUCUGCACACCAUGCAAUCGGACGAAGACGCAAUGGCGGAUGGUGUGCCAGCUGAUAUGGUCGCCAACGCAACCAUCGCCUGCGCCUGGGACACCUGGUACAGACACACCAGGCAACAUCUGACACAACUGCCAGCACCUCGGCCGCUCGUCUACAACUGUGUAUCGACUGCUCGCCAUCCAAAGUCCUGGGGUACCAUAGUAAAAGAUGGACGUUAUGCCUCAAAUUUUCCCAGCAUCAAAAAUAUCUCUCGCUCCUACGGCUUCUUGUUCAAACAGAAGUCGGCAUAUGUCGUCGUAGCCGUCCUCUUGCACCUAAUUCCAGCCAUGAUUGUAGACACUUUUCUGUGUCUCAAGGGGAGGGAACCAAUACUAUGGAAUGUGUACUCGCGUGUUCAUGGAGUCACGCAAGCUCUGGAGAAAUUCACCACUAGAGAGUGGAUUUUCAAAGACGACAACAUGGUGGCCAUGCUGGGCCGUCUGGGAGAAGCCGACCGCAAGCUCUUUCCCUGUGACAUAGUAGACGUUGACUUAGAGUGGCAUCAUAAAAACUGUGUGCGUGGAUUGCGCCUUUACAUCUUGAAUGAGAGCUUCGACAACUUGGAAGCAGCCAAGAAGAAAUAUUUUUGGUUGACAGUUCUGCACUACACAGUAGUUACCAUAAUGGGUUCGCUGCUGCUACUGAUGCUGUGGAGGAUUCUCGGUGCUCAGAUAGGACUGAGACACCCACACUGGUGUACGACUGCACAAACAAACCCUUGAGUUCGUUUAAGCAAGCCAUUUCGACAGCCCAUCAAUAAUCAAGCACAAAAUGUGAUUCAAGUCCACAGUCUAAAUAACUUUAGACGUCAGUUCACAUCUGUACUGAUCUAUUAUAGGGUUAUUCCUUUAUUUAUAAUAUUUUCAUAGUCUAAAUGUAAAUCACCACAACUCUGUUCGUUCUACUAUUAACUACAUUGUUUUAAUUGUUCUUAUCGUUUAUUACCUUUUGUCUGCGUAGAGUAUAAUGAGUUUUAGUUUUUUGUAUCAUCCACUAGAUUGCUUCUAAUGAUACUUGUCUUGAUAUAACAUACUUCUUCCUGUCUCCUUUAUUCUGACAUGUAAUAACAGAAUAAAUAAAAAGAUUUAUACAUCUCCUUACAGAA